AUGGCAGUCCCGACUCCGAACGCUCCAGGAGUUACGAUGUACGGCCUGUGGAACUCCAUACUGAACUGGAUGUUCCCACCAACAUCCAACUAUGUUACAAGACCCCAAGACAUGCACCGUUUUUUUGGAGGCCAAAAGGGGUUCUCAGAUUUCCACACAUCUGAAAUAAUCCCUGCUAGCCGGCGGAAGUUCUUCCUCAUCACACAGUGCAAGGCCGUUGCAAGCGAGAGUCAAGAGCAUGAAUGGCAAAAUGCAUCGAAUCAGCUGAGGGACUACCUCAGUUCAGUACACGGCACACGCCCUACAAACCAAAGGUCUCCAGUUUACGGUAUAGCUGCUUUGGGGAGGCGUGUGAGGUUUUUUAGAUACGACGAUCCAAAUCAGAAUGUUGUAGAUUGGCGGCCGAGUAAACGGAAUAACCCCAUCAAGAAAAAAUACUAUGACAUACGCGCUGAAGCUGGAGAUGUCCAAGGUGCUCUCAAUUGGAUUUUGACACACCAUUAG